AUGAGGCCGGGGACACGGCAAGCUGGUCAGCCUGGCGGGGAGACCGCGCUGACACCAGCAACUGAGGGCUCAGGGGAAGCUCCAGAGUACUAUUCUGUGGGAAGGCAGUUCUCUUCUUGUCCGGGGGGCUCUGCCAGUGUCAUCUCUGCAUUUCCGGAGGUCAGUGAGAGCCCCCCUGCACUCUCCCUGGACACUAGUGUGGAGAAGACUGUUCUUCAGUUCGGAUGUGACGCAAUGGAGGCAGCUCCUCCGCCCGAGAGAUCUUGCGACGCAGAGAGAGGAGAAAACGGGCCUUCACCAUAUUCGCACACCAAUCCCCAGAGGGUUCACCACCGCAUCGAAGAGCCGCUGCGCUCGUACUCGCUGUUAGAUAUUCAGAACGAUGCGUUCACCGGCAUCCAUGAAGAUGAUCUGGAGAGCGCAACGGGCCACUGCCUCCGAAAUUUGCAGUCCCUCUUCAGUUUCCUGUUGCUCUGUUUGGGUACCUCACUUUUGCUUCACUGGCCGGAAAUGAGAAGCACAUCCCCCAUUCUAUUCUACUAUAUCCUGGGGUCUCUGGUGGCAGAACUAGUUCUCGUGCUGUGCCUCGGAUGUUUCAUGUGUUUGAUGACGUGCCUGGUGGGCGAGGACGGGGCGGCAUACGGCAGCGUGAUGUGCGGUCUCCUGCAUCGUGUUGCAGAAGGAGCUACUCAUUAUACCCUCACCGGAGUUGGGGCAUAUGCUCUGUACAAUUUCAACGAACUGCAAGAUAUGUUGUUUCAAUCAGAGGAGCAUAUCCAAGAAAAAUUCAAUUGGCUUCUGGUGUAUGUGGGUUGUGAGGUUAUGAUCUCUCUUCUCUACUCCCUGCAGACUCUCGGCACGCUCUUCGGUAUAUUUAAGUUUAUCCUUGUCAAAAUUUAUGCCAAGCUGACGGGUAGAGGGGAAGUCCAAUUUCAGCAGGGCGAUGCCCCUGUCAUUUACGCCUCACUAGACCAGUAUCGCAGGGCGCUGCCGACCAUGCGAAAUCCCGUCGAUCUCGCAUUUGCAAGACGGCAUCAACCGAGUCCGCGAGGGGGUGUGCUCAAGGAACAUGAGGGACGCAGUGAUCUCGAGAUGGGUGUGGCAACGUCUUACAACCAAAGUGCUACCCGGAACGCGCAGCCUCUCCUCGGCUACAGGGACAACUGA